ACCGUCAGACGCAACAGACUGGAAGUUCUAGGUAGUCUGCUUUGGCAUUCGGAAUUAAACGUGCAUACAUUUAAUGUCCGCUGUUAUUCUCAAAAAUCAUCUGAAAAACUUCUGACAUAUGCCUGCAUAUAACAUGAUGACUUGAAAUCGGUGUAUGUAUUCUUCGCAAAAACAUUUUAUCAAACGGAUUAUAUUUUGAAAUCGGUGAAUUGAUUUACUUAUACAAUACCACCGAGUAGCGUAUAAAAUUAGGAAGCACUGCUACAGCGCUGCUACCCAUUGUGAUAUUAUAUUUGUAUUGUCUGUCAGCUGUAAAUACAUUAUUCGGACGGUAUAGCAAUCGUUCCAGCUUACUGAAGUUUGGGAAUUGUAUUGUGCAUGUAACGUUGACGACGCGGAAUUAAGCUCGAACGAUGAAUUACUUAAUUAUUGCGAGCGUCUUUUUUCUGCUUAACGGUGCUGAUACAGCCGAUGCAGAUGCCCAGCUAGCAGCAAACUCAAAUUCCCCAAGUCCUGUGCCUACAACAUUCACCCGGACCCAAGCUGGCGAUACUAAAAAUGUCUCAACAAUAACAUAUUCACGUCUGCCAAUUCCCCAUGGGCAGAGUUACAAUAUGACAUGUCCACGCUCCUUUGAUCCGCCAUUGCCCGUUGCCGGUAACCAAACCAAGAAGGACAAGUACGAAGUCGUACUCGCGCAAGCCAGAUACAAGAAAAAUCCUCCCAGUGAGGACUGCGAUGAUGAAGAGAGCCUUUUCACCCUGCAAGCCGACUGUCCAGCCGGAAGUCAGGCUUGUGGGACAACGGCCAAUGAUUCUUCGCAGGAUGAACAGUGCAAGGAGCGCCCACUAGUCGUUACCUGGUUCUGCCGAAAAACUUCAUGUGAAGGAGAAUGCAGGAGAAUUAUGGUGAUUGACAUACUGGACUGAUUGAGAUUAAUUCCUUUAUGAUUGACAAAAAAGCGAGCGGUCGUUGAGAUUGUGCAUUAAUGAUUGGGUUGUGCAGUCUUUUAGCAUAAUUCUCUAAAAACAAUAAAAUGGGCAACUCAAUUUCAUGGGUACUUCUGUCUCUGUUUGUCACACGUUGUUGUUGCAAAUAGCAUUUCGUCGCAAUUAAAAAGUGUUUUUUCAA